AAAAACAUAUUUAAUAGCCUAUCGCCGUCAACUCAACACCGAUCAUUUCGUUACACGAGUUUAAAAUCGUUUUUAUUUACAAACUUUCUAGAGGGUGUUCUACCGAAGAAAAAAAGUGUUGUGCUCGCUCGUACUGAUAUAUUUCGAUAACUAUUACACGUCGGUCCGUAAUCGACACUUUUGGCGGACUUGACCUAGUAACAACGAAGAACGAACGGCGUUGCUAAGAAACAGUACGCGUAGUAGCGGCGGCAACGGCGGCGGCGGUAAGGUAUUAGUUCUCCGACACUUUGGAUCUAAUUGAGAAUAAUAUUUUACACUCGUACGCUCUCGUCACCGUAUUGAAAGUUAUUUACACCGAAAACAUUUCGAAAUGCCUCCAAUCCAUUGUAGGGACGUGCCGUCAAAGACACGAUGGAUGGAGCAGAUCUCCAUGAAAAACGGAUUCAAACCCGGAGUCUACGAAAAAUACGGGGUGUACAUGGGCAACUGGGAAAGCGACACGAAACAAGGAAAAGGAAAAAAAUCAUACAAGAACAAAACAGUUUACGAGGGAGAUUGGGUCGCAAACAAAAGACAUGGUUUUGGCGUGCUGAUGAAGAAAGUUGAUGACCAUUUUGUAUAUAUUUGCGAAGGACAAUGGAUAAAUAACCGAUUCGCUAAAGGCAAAUGGUACGAAGAGUGCGGCAUUUACGAUGGUAGCUUUUCGACGGUCGGUAGUAGAAUGAAAUGCGGUUACGGGACCAUGCGGUGGAACGACGGUGCCGUGUACCGAGGCCAAUGGCGCAACAACGAGUACAACGGCCGAGGAAAAUACGUAGAAGUAAACGGCAAUUUUUAUGACGGACAAUGGAGGAACGGUUUGAAACACGGCGAAGGCGUUUACGUAUUCAUAGACAAAGGCCAAUUCAUGGAGGGGGUAUGGAUCAACGGAGUGCUGAAACUCAGCACCAUCAGAUAUAUUGACGGGCCGGAGAGUACGCGAACACAAUAUGUUAUGCCGGAGAUUUCGAAAUCCGACGAGAAAAACAUAAUAGAAGCGUACGAGUACACCAAAUCGGAAAUGCUCGAUAACCUGUGAAAGACGUGGAAAUUGUUUAUGUUUAAAACUAUAAAUUUUAUGUGAAAUUAUUUUACAGUAAUUCAUAUAGUAUGAUAUAAUAAUAAUAUAUUAUAUUAUGUAUAUGUACCAAAGAGGAUGGGGUAAUGUAGGAAUUGUCUAGCUGAGUGUGAAUAAUUUUUAUAUAUUUUUUUUUCAUGAUCUAACAAUGCAGUCAUGAAAUGUUAUGUCGUUUCGGUUGCUCCCAUUCAGAAGGACAGUUUUACGAGUUUGCCAAAUAAUAAGGAUAAUACAUUAAGCACAGUAGAUUUAAACUAGGAAUCCCGAAUCGGUAUCUGAAUAUUUCGGUUCAACUCCUUUUGUUAAGCUUGAUGAAGUAUCCCAACGAUUAAACAUUGUUCGAGGGUAACAGUAAGUAUGGUAGUGUGAUCAGGGUUUCGAACGAUGGUUAUACUAAGGAAAUGAAUAACAUAUAAUAUGCAAAUGUAAGACUUCCCUUGUAAUUAUUUCACUUAUAUAUAUAUAUGUGCAUAAUGAUCCAUUUAAG